AGAGAUUAUAUUUUUAUAAGAAUGAUCGUGAGAAGGCUUGGGAGAUUUAUAGAAACAUUGUGGAUAACGAUCUUAUGGUCCAUAUGCAAAUAGACCACAUGGAAUUAUUACUUAAUCUUUUAUGUGCUAACCCAGACAAGAGGACUUUCGAAUUACUUGACCAAGUAAUGAAAGACGUUUAUUUAUUUCGUAAAAGGAGUUUAAUAAGACCUAUUCUUUAUGCGCGAGUGUUGAAAUUAUCAGCACGACUAGGAAAUGCUAAGAUUGUAACCGAUAUUAUAAGGCAAAUGACAACUUUGGGAUAUUACAUUGAAAGACCGCAAGUUAAAGAAGUCGUAAAGCAAUGUGUUGAUGUGUACUGUGAGAAUGAAAAUAUUGAUGCUGCUUUAGAAGUACUCAGGCUGUACAAUUUAUCGGGUCAGAGACCUAGGAUAAAAUUUUAUAGUACCAUUAUUCAUAAACUUUCUAAAAAAGGAGAAAUGGAAUUGGCUGAAGUAUUGGUGGAUGAAAUGACCGAAUAUUUUAGUCCGCCUAAUGAUUCAAUGCUUAAUUCUCUAAUGACUGGAUAUAGCAAAAAGAAUGAUAUAGACAUG